AUGGACAAACCAACAUAUACUUUAUAUCCUCCCACAUCGAUGGAGCCCCGGCACAGCGUCGAAGCGAUGCCCGUGUCCAAAACGAGAGGCAGCUCCUCGCAUAAAAAGCCAUCCGCAGCUCAAAAUUCGCAGAGGAGGCAAGGACUGGUUUGUUCGAAUUGCGGUGGAACGAACACAACAUUGUGGAGGAGAAAUGCCGAAGGAGAGCCCGUGUGCAACGCUUGCGGUCUCUACUACAAGCUUCACAACGUCCAACGGCCACCAACAAUGAAAAAGGACGGUCAACUGCAGACGAGGAAACGAAAAGCAAAGUCGGAUGGAACGAGUGCUGGUAAGAAGCGUGAUCGAUCCAGUAAUUACACCCAAUCGACCCAAGCGAUUCCGGAUCGAAGUACAGGUGCAUAUCAGCCAGCAUUCAGUUCAAUCGGUUUCUCCAAUCAAAUAGAUAGUAGUUAUCCUCAAAUGAACGGAUAUUCCUCCUCAUGGCAAACUUCCGGUGGCCUUGGCACGUCAGGUUCGGACUCCAGUCACUCGUCAGCUUUCCAUUCCACUUAUCCCUCACCGUAUGCGCCAUCAAUCCCGAAAAUAUCCGAGGCUCGACAUAUGGGCGAUGAUGAGACGCAAGCCGCCACGCAGGGUUUGGUAGAAGACAGUGCUGAAAGAUCGCCGCAUGUUUGA